GUCAAUCAUGCACAACAGUGAGCGAGGAGGUGCAGAAGCACAUUGAUGGCGCUUCAAGGGAGGCUGCAGGUCUUGGAUGCCGAAGAAGGAAGAGGACGUUGCCUGCUCUUCCUCGAAGGAAAACCCCGGAGCCGCAUCUUAGUCACUGACGCUCACGACUUCUGGAGUUUGGGUGCCGUUGCCUCGGAGGCGAAGGAGGAUUCUCUCAAGGGCGGCUCCGGCAGCAGCGACAUCUCCAGACUCAGGGAAGCCCUGGCGCUGGGCAGGAGCCCCUCCGUGACCCUAGGCGAUCCCACGGCCACCCUCCGGCUCCCGGGCGUGACGCUGGACCUCGAGAAGGCCCCGCCGGCAGAGGCACGGAAGGAGCUGCAAGGGCUGAUGUUCGCGUUGGCAGAAAAGGUCCAGGCCUUGGAGCAACGCCUGCAAGAGGUUUUGGCCGCUUCACCAGUCAGCAGCCCUGGAAAGUCCAGCUCAAGAAGCAUUUUUGCAGCAGCAGAUCUAAGUCCCGCAAAGCCAGCGGCCGGAUCCGGGCAACCGUUGGCCAGAAAGCGGCUUCCGGGAGAAUCGCUCAUUAACCCUGGAUUCAAAAGGAAGAAGGACCCGACUGGAGUGGAUUUCGAAGACCCUUGAAUUUCCCAAAUGGCAACAAAAGGACGCUCAUACGAUUGCCUUUAAUGAGAUGUUUUAAAUAUUUUUAAAAACGGAAUGAUGCUUGAAACAAUAAAGACGCUUUUCAGAAUACGAAACAAGAGCCUUUCACCAAAACCUGCCUCCUGUUUAUGGGCUUUGCCCUAAUUCAUAUGGAUUUGACAGAAGGGGACUUGGGGCCGAUGCUUCUGCUCAAUGCAGACUUUUAAGUUGGCAUCGGCCUCGUUUGCUGCAGCAUCACGUCUCAUUGGAGAGUAAUUAAUGUUAACGACGACGAAGGAGGACAGGAAGGAAGGGGAGUGCUUUGUGGAUGGAGAGGAUCUGGGGAAGGGGAAGGGCUUUGCAAGAAUAAUAAUAAUAUUCUGCUUUGAUCUCAACUGAGACGCUUGGUUGGGGCCAAGAUCAUCAACCAACCUCAUGGCAAUGCUAUCAGCUCCUACAUAGAAUGAAAAGAGUCUCUGUUUUCAAAGAACGCCCAGACCUCAAUCCUUGUGCCGUCAUCACAACAAAAGUGAGUCCAUGGCAAAAGCAGAGUCGCAAGAAUGGUGUGUUCAUUUACAGAAGUACAAUUGCAAAAGGAAUGAAUUCACGACAGAAACCUAAUCCCAAGAAUAGUGAGUACACAAGAAUGGUGAGUUCACGAUGGAAGCCCGAUCCCAAGAAUGGUGAGCACACCAGACCAGUCACAGGAAUCAUCACAGGAAUAGUGAAAGCCCAGUCGCAAGAAUGGUCAGUUCACAAGAACGGUGAUUUCAUGAUGGAAGCACAAUCCCAGGAAUGGUGAGUUUACAAGCACAGACACAAGAAUUCAUUUACAGAAAUACAAUUGCAAGGCGGGUGAAUUCACGACGGAAGCCCAAUCCCAAGAACGGUGAGUUCACAAGAAGGGUGAUUUCACAACAGACACAAUCCCAAGAACGUUGAGUUCACAAGAAAGGUGAUUUCACAACAGAGACACAAUCCCAAGAACGGUGAGUUCACAAGAAGGGUGAUUUCACAACAGAGACACAAUCCCAAGAACGAUGAUUUCACAAGAGACACAAUCUCAAGAAUGGCGAGUUCACAAGAAGGGUGAUUUCACAACAGACACAAUCCCAAGAAUGGUGAGUUCACAAGAAGGGUGAUUUCACAACAGAGACACAAUCCCAAGAACGGUGAGUUCACAAGAAGGGUGAUUUCACAACAGAGAUACAAUCUCAAGAAUGGCGAGUUCACAAGAAGGGCGAGAGUUCACCAGCAAAAUCCCAAGAAGAGUAAAUUCGUGACAGAAGCCCAAUCCCAAGAACAGUGAGUUCACUAUCGAAAUUCCAAGAAUAGUGAGUUCACCACGGAAGUCCGGUCCAAAGAACGGUGAAUUCACAAGAAGGGUGAUUUCAUGACACACAAUCCCAAGGAAGGUGAGUUCACCAGCAAAAUCUCAAAAAUAGUGAGUCCAGUCCAAAGUCCAAAGAACGGUGAAUUCACAGGAAGAGUGAUUUCAUGACUGACACAAUCCCAAGAAAGGUGAGUUUACAAAAAAUGGGUGAAUUCACCAGCAAAAUGCUAAAAAUAGUGAGUUCACCACGGAAGUCCAAUCCAAAGAACAGUGAAUUCACAAGAAGGGUGAUUUCACGACAGACACAAUCCCAAGAAGGGUGAGGUCACAAGGAGGGUGAGUUCACCAGUGAAAUCCCAAGAAUAGCAAGUUUCAUGACGGAAAUCCAAUCUCACAGAGGGAGCGUUCCCAAGAAGGGUGAGUCUCCGCACGGGGCCCCUAUUCUGGCUGCUUCAGGGGCCGGACCACAGCACUGUAGGCCUGCAGGAUCUCCUGGCUGUUGGGGCAGGUGUACUUGAACUCCUUGACCUCGGCAGCGCUCUCCAGGUAGCGCCAGACUCCCCGCAGGUCCUUGGGGAUCCCGCAUUGGCGGAAAUGCUGGCACACGACCUGCAGGGAGGAAGGGCAGCAUCAGGGGCACACCCCACAGAUUCCCAUACGCAUGCCCACCUCUGGCCCCUGGCAUCCGUAGUGCGCCGCAUCUCCAUGGGUCGGGAUCCCAGGAGUCGCACUACAACUCCCAUUGUGCCAUACAUAGCUUUGAAUCAAACUGUAUCCAUUCCAUAGCUCAGGAGCACUGAGCAAAUAAUGGGAUUGUUAUAAUUUAUAUAUAUCUAUAUAUAUAAAAGAGUGAUGGCAUCAUGGCGACCCACAAAACAACAAAACUACAGGCCCCCCAACCUCGAAAUUUGACAACACAACUCAUCAUCCACGCCUCUAGGUUGAUACAACAAAAAGAAAAGAAAAAUAAAGUCCUAAUUAGAGGGAAAGGAAUAAUUGCUUUUAUCCAAUUGCUGCCAGUUAGAAGGCUAAGCUCCUCCAACUUGGUCUCCUAGCAACCCAAUAAAAAAUAAUUAAAAGCACUAAAAAUUAAUAUAAUAAAAUACUAUAAUAACAGAAAAUAACUAAAACUAAUACAAGAAAAUAAUAAAAUAUAAUAAAUAAAAAGAUAACUUACAAUAAAAAUAAUUUAAAAAUACAAAUUACGUCAAAUAAAAAUUACACAACAAUUUUUAACCAAUACCACCACCACUUUGCCACAGCAAUGCGUGGCCGGGCACAGCUAGUUUAUAUAUAAAAGGGUAGUAAAAUUUCAGCCUAGGACAAAAUAACAAAAUCACACAUCCCAGAAACACUAAACUUGGCAGCACAACCCCUCAUCCAUCCCUCUACGUUCAUACAACAAAAAGAAAAGAAAAAGUCCUAAUUAGAGGGAGAGGAAUAAUGAUUUUUAUCCAAUUGCUGCCAGUUAGUAAGUAAGUAAGUAAGUGAGUAAAAGUUUAUUUGUAUACCGCCCUCUCUCCUGCUAUAUUGGAGCGGUUUCCAAUAUAAAAUCAGCAUAAAACAUUAUACAAUAAAACACUGAAAACACUAUAAAAUGCUAUAAAAAUACAAAAAAAUAGUUAGAAGGCUAGGCCCCGCCCACUUGGUCUCCUUGCAACCCACUCAGCCCAGGGGACAGGCAGAGUUAGGCCUCACUUAGGCCUCUUCCACACUGCCUAUAAAAUACAGAUUAUCUGAUUUUAACUGGAUUAUAUGGCAGUAUAGACUCAAGGCCCUUCCACACAGCUAUAUAACCCAUUUAUAAUGGACUUAAUGUCAGGAGAAAACCUUUACCCUUUAACUUAACUACCACCAAUUCCUCAAUACUUUAUUUCCCAUACCACCAUACUUCGCCACAGCAACGCGUGGCCGGGCACAGCUAGUAUAUAUAUAGAUAGAUAGAUAUAGUUGUAUUAUUAUAAUGUAAUAACACUAUGUAACAUGAUGUAAACAGGGGACAUACGAGGGUCAUCCAGAAAGUAGAUUACGUUUUGGAAUUAAAAAUGAACAAAGCAUAGGAGAAAACAUUUACCAUAUGCAGUUGAAAGCCACACCCAAAUACCACUUAUUGACACAGCCGCCAUUCAAAUCUAGGCACUUAUCAUAGCGAUGAAUGAGCUUGGCAACUCCUUCUCCACAAAACUCUGCCGCUUGCAUCCUCAACCAGCCAGUCACCCCUUCCCGUAGCUGCACAUCGUCGCCAUGAAUGAGCUUGGCAACUCCUUCACCACAAAACUCUGCCACUUGCGUCCUCAACCAGCCGAUCACCCCUUCCCACAGCUGCACAUUGUCCCCAAAACGCUGUGUUGAGGACGCAAGCGGCAGAAUUUUGUGGGGAAGGAGUUGCCAAGCCCAUUCAUUGCUAUGUCAAGUUCCUAGAUUUGAAUGGCGACUAUGUUGAGAAGUGGUAUUUGAGUGUGGCUUUCAACUGCAUAUGGUAAAUGUUUUCUCCUAUACUUUGUUCAUUUUUAAUUCCAAAACGUAAUCAACUUUCUGGAUAACCCUUGUAAAUGUGGGAAGACGGAGCUGCAGAAGUGACUGGCGGCUCCCGGGUUCAACAAGGGGCCCUGACUUACGUGGACGAUGUUGAGUUUGGGGAGGAGGGCGCAGUCGGCCAGGGUCAUCUGGUCCCCGUCCAGGAAGCGCCGGCGGGAGACGGUCAGCAAGGGGUCGCGCACCAGUUCGUAGUCCAGCGGGGUGUUCAGGUACUUGUCCAGCCGCCAAAGGGCCUUCAGCAGGUUCCGGUGCAGAGCUGAGGAGAGGGGUAGUUUUCCAAGGAAUGAGAAGGGGGCACUUGGGACACUCAUCCCUGCCUUAGGGACACUACGGCUCCCAGUCCUCGUCCCCUGACCUUUUAAGGCCACCACUCUCUCACCUUCAUCCUGGGAAGGAACGGGGUUCUUGAUGAAGGCCGAGAAGCGGAGGAAGACGUCAUUCCCGGCCAGGGAGGACUCUUUGUAUCUCGGCAGCAGAGUGGGGUAGCUGCAGGAGGAGGGGAAGGAGGGAGUAGAGGAAAAGGGAGAAAGAAUACAAAUAAAUCCACACGAGCGUUCCUCUGACUGGCCUGGGAGCCAGAGACUGGGCCUUGUUCCUUCUCCUCCUCCUGUUAGACUUACUCAGGCGGUCCCAGGGUCUCCUCCAGGAACUCCUCGAUGCGGAGGGUGUCCGUUUUGGGCUCCCCUUCAUAGAGAAGCACCGGCAACUGGGCCCCAGGUGCAAAGGCCUUCAGGACGUCCAGGGACCUGCAAGGACAGAGCAGAAUUUGCCCAUGUAUGCUAUAGAUCAUGAGUCCCCAAACUAAGGCCCAUGGGCUGGUUGCGGCCCUCAAAGGUCAUUGACCUGGCCCCUGUCCUAAACUUUAGACUUAGGGUUGACCUAAGUCUACCUGGUCUUUGGAGAUCUCUUUGCUUUCCUGUGGUCUUAUGAGAUCAUCUAGAUGGUCUUUGAAGGUCUCUUUGCUUAGCUACGGCCUUAUGAGGACAUCUAGAAGGCUUUUGGAAGUCACUUUCCUUACCUAUGGUCCUAUGAGACUUUCUAGAUGGCCUUUGAGGUUCCCUUUCCUUACCUAUGGUUUUAUGAGAUUAUCUAGAUGGCCUUUGGGGGCCCCUUUCCUUACUGAUGGUCUUAUGAAACCAUCUAGAUGGUCUUUGAGGGUCCCCUUCCUUUUCUAUGGUCUUCUGAUGGCCUGAUGAGAUCAUCUAGAGGGCCUUUGAAGAUCCCUUUCCUUACCUAUGGUCUUAUGAGACCAUCUAGAUGUCUUUUGGAGGUCACUUUAAUAAUAAUAAUAAUAAUAAACUUUAUUUAUACCCCGCCACCAUCUCCCCAACGGGGACUCGGGGCGGCUUACAUGGGGCCAUGCCCAGAACAAUACAAUAUAACAAAAUAUAAUAGAACAACAAAUCAUAGCACAUUAAACAACACAAUAAAAGAAAAUAUACACUACAUUAAACAAGAUCAAAAGAACAAUAAAACCAAAGGCGGGCCACAUGAACACUAGGUUAAAACUCGGGGUGAGAAAGGAAGUAGGAGUAAAAACCUUUUGUUCUUAUGAGACCAUCUAGAUGGUCUUUGGGGGCCUCUUUCCUUGUCUAUGGUCUUCUGAUGGCCUGAUGAGAUCAUCUAGAUGGCCUUUGAAGGUCCCUUUCCUUACCGAUGGUCUUAUGAGACCAUUGAGAUGGUCUUUGGAGGUCUCUUUGCUUACCUGUGGUCUUAUGAGAUCAUCUAGAUGGUCUUUGGAGGUCUCUUUGCUUACCUGUGGUCUAAUGAGAUCAUCUAGAUGGUCUUUGGAGGUCUCUUUCCUUAUCUACGGUCUUAUGAGACCAUCUAGAUGGUCUUUGGAGGUCUCUUUGCUUACCUAUGGUCUUAUAAGAUUGUCUAGAUCAGGGGUCCCCAAACUAAGGCCCUCCAAGGUCCCAUUACCUGGCCUCUGUCCUAAACUUUAGACAGGGUUGACCUAAGUCUGAAAUGACUUGAAGGCACACAACAAUCUUAAUUUUGGACUAUUUCAUCUUAGUCCGGCCCCCCAACAGUCUGAGGGACUGUGAAUCGGCCCUCCACUUAAAAAGUUUGAGGGGAUGGACUAGAUGGCCUUUGGUAGCUCCCUCCCAGCCCUGGAUCAGUGCCUUCCCAACAGGAGGACUGUUAAGAGGUGGGACUAGAUGGCCACUGGGUCCCUGCCCUUACCGCUUGGUGUCCACGGUGGUCAGCGUGAAGGGGACCCCUUUCAGGAGCAGGAUCAUGAAGAGCCGCUGGCAGAAGGGACAGUGCCCAAUGGUCUCUCCGUCGUCACUGGCCUU